GGUUAGUUUUAUGAGUGUUUCUGUUGCUAACGGCUAACCAGCAGAGACCAGCUUUGACGUCUCUGCGGUCUCAUGGAGGAUCUGCUCACUUAUUAAAGAGGAUCUACCGGUGCGCGAGGACAGACCAGAGGAGGUACACGCUCUUCGCCAUGGGGAACGCCUGCAGUAACCACCUGGGGAUCCCUCCAGCGAAGGGCCCGAACGCUGUGGGAUGCACCGACUUCAUGAUGGACCGCACCGCCAAGGGCAGCUUCUUCCGGCUUUACUAUCCGUGUCAAGAGACGGAGAAGGCGGAAAAACCAGACUGGAUCCCGUGCAGAGAGUACUUUAACGGGUUGGCCGACUUCAUGAAAAUCAACCGCAGUCUCAGUGAACGGAUUUUCAACUAUCUCUUUGGGUCCUUUAAGAUUCCUGCCUACCUGGAUGCUCCAUUUAAAUCAAAUGAAAAAUGUCCCGUCGUUAUCUUCUCUCACGGCCUCGGAGCUUUCAGGACUUUGUAUUCAGCUAUUUGUGCAGAAUUGGCCUCUCAGGGCUUCAUUGUGGCGUCCGUGGAACACAGAGACGAGUCAGCCUCAGCCACGUAUUAUUUUCGUGAGAAGACAGAGUCAGAGAAGGCAAAAGACAACGCGCCUAAAACGUCCACCUCAGCCGAAGACGACCUGGUGAGAGAGUGGAUGUACUACAGAAGUCUGCGGCACGGAGAGAGCGAAUUCCCCCUCCGAAACAAACAGGUGAAACAGAGAGCAGACGAAUGUAUUCUGGCUCUGAAUAAACUCACUGAAAUCAACUCAGGACUUCCAGUGCAAAACGUUCUGCAAACACAGUUUGACUGGACGACGUUGGAGAACUCCAUGGAUCUGUGCAGGAUCGCAGCGGUGGGUCAUUCCUUCGGGGGAGCAACGGUGAUCGAAGCUCUGUGCAAAGAGGUUAAAUUCAAGUGUGGCGUAGCGCUGGACGCCUGGAUGUUCCCUUUAGAUGACGAGAUCUUUCCGCGGGUGAAGCAGCCGAUCUUCUUCAUCAACUCGGAGAAGUUCCAGUGGGCGGGAAACAUCAGCCGCAUGAAGAAGCUGGAGUCAGCGGUCAUCCAGAGGAAGAUGAUCACCAUCAAAGGCACGGUGCACCAGAGUUUCCCGGACUUCACCUUCCUGACCGGCAACUGGAUCGGUAAACUGAUGAAGCUGAAGGGAGAGAUCGACCCCGAAAUCGCCAUGAACCUCUGCAACAAAGCAACACUAGCCUUUCUGCAACGCCAUCUUGGUCUGGAUAAGACCUUUAAUCAGUGGGACCGUCUGAUCGAUGGCGAGGAUGACAACCUCAUUCAAGGAACUAACAUUACUGUGCUCCAGUCCGCCAUCUGAGCCGCCUGGCGCCGCAGGACGUCCUCGGGACUGCCGGGACUGCCGGGCCGGCGGCUGAACGACUCUGUGGGAUUCAGAGGAACGCUCCCAAAAUGUCAAGCCAGGCCUUAGCGGGCAUUUCAACCAGACCGAGGAGCAGGGACAGAUAGAAAAGCUCGUCUCUACCUCAUCAGCGGGGAAGAUCUGUCUCUGUGGACGGAUCAGAAACACUCGCUCGGUGUACCAGUGUUUGUUUCACGAGGCCUGAAUGUCGCCGGAAUCUUUUCACUGUUACCUGCAGUUUCUCAGAGAAAUGCUUUUAAUCCUUUUCCUCUUUGAGCGUACAGAAACAGAGAUCACAUGAACACCGUCUGUCUCUUUGGACACACGAGCUUCAGCGCAGACACAACGAUUGCAGUGUGAUUAUAGAGGACGACCUAGAACGAGAGCCGAAUCUGGAGACGGGCAUUAUUAAAUUACGCUGACUCGUACGAUGAACUGUUAAUCAAGAAAAGAAAGCAGAUAUAUCCAUCCUGAUUCUACAGAGGGCAGCUACACCAGCAAAUCAGCACUCAAGCUCACAAACACUAACUGAUUAUUUAACUCUUGGAGGCGACGUUUGAUUCUGUCAAAAACACGGAGAGAGGGCGAAAAAAUGAGCAAGAAAUUAGUUUGAAAUUACAAGAAAAUUACCUGAAAAUGAGCCCAAAAAACAUCAAGACAGUACUAAAAAAGUACUAAAAUCUUCCUUGUAAAACAUAAUUUAAAAUAUUUAAAUGAGAAUUGUAAAUAAAGUUGGUUACUUUCCCCCGUUUUAUCUAAAAAAUAUCUAAUAAUAAGCCCCAGCUAAUUUUCUGAUCAUUUCUGUGUAAAC